AUGUCGGCUUCUUCUCUGUUAUUCUCCCGGAAGCUCCACCACGACCGUCAUGGCCGUAAAAUUGGCAAGCCUCGACUCCCUCCACCGACUAAAAUCGACAGAACCACCUUUUUUCCUCUCGUAGUCAUCGGACCUCUCACAAGCUACUCGAAUAGCGUCGCGGAUGAGAAAUUUUUGAUUUGGUAUACUGAUCAAGAGGAAAGACAGCUGCGAUUAACCUCAGUUACGAAUGUUGUACAUGGCCAAACCACUAAACAACUUAAACCAGAGAGGGAAAGUCAGCACCUUUCACUUGUCUAUGCAAAUAGCAGGCUGAGACUUGGUUUUUGGGUUUAA